CAAACAAGGCCGCUUUUCUUUUUCCGUUGGAAUAAAACCAUGUGGCCAGAGAUUGAAUUUCCACCUCCCACAUUCAUAAACCGUCCAUUUUUUCUUCUUCACGCGCAGGACAAGCUCUAAAGUUGCUCUUUAAAGACACAGAAAUGACAGAAACCGAGAAAUCAAAUUUUGCCAUAGACGGAUGCUUCUAGCUGUUGAAUUUGUGAAAGCGAUAGAAUCCAUUAUUAUAGUGACUGAAAAUUUCUCUGCUUCUACCAUUGCUUCUAUUGUGUGAGUUUUUGCAUCGUCUUGGCUCUUUGGCAUCACAGUAGCUUCUGAGCCGGACAAUCGUUGCUACCUUUGCUGGGAAGAAACCUGAGAAAGAAAGAGAUGGUUCCAACAUUGGAGGCGAUCCAGGGUGGUGGAGGGUCCAUGAAAGUCGGAACCACAGGUACAAUAAGCUCUCUUGUUUCAAAAGAAUUAGAUGGUGUGAAAUCUUCUCCCCAGACGGCGGCAGGACCAGUUAGAAAGAAGCUUCCUCCUCCAUCGAUCUGUUCAUUUGUUGCUGGUUCUGCUACAAGUCCUACCAAACGAAUGACACCCAAAACACCACCACUGCCAUCAUCAAAUGAAGCCAUCAGUGGAAAAGACCAUGAUAGCCCUGAAGUCACGCGCAAGACAAAGAACUACACCAGGAAUACCCAUGAAAUUCCCAUUCUAGAAUCUGAAAGUUGUUCUGUGGAUGAUACUCCUGUCAGACAGAAGGGUGCCAGGAAGGGGUCUCGCAUAGCUGAAAUCGUGGACAUCAAAUGUGGGAGUUGUGAGAAGCGAUGGGCAAGCCCUGUGAAGAAUCCCCUUAAGAAGUUUAGCUUCUCAAAGCUAUCAGGGACCCCUGUCUGAGCUGCACCAGCCUCUAACAUCAACAAACUACACUUUACUCUCUGCACUAUGCAACCUAUGUUCCUAGAAGUACUAAGCUUCCACUCUCUGCGGUUUUUCCUUGUCCAGCUCAUAGCCAGCUGCUCUUGCACCCUUUUAUCACAAAUGGUUCAGGUGUAGGAAAAGAAACGGCUAAGUUUCUGACCCUGCACUUCGAUUGAUAUUAUGCUUCAUGAAUUGUUGAGCGUUUUUAUCUUCUUGUUGUUUUGCUUGGUCCUCUUGGUUCCUGAAAGCAGUUAUGUAAUUGUUCGCACCAAAUUCAGAAAAAGGAACAAUAGGCAUGCAUCUUUAAUUAUUAUUCCAUAUCAUAGCCUCACACUUUUAACAUUAAAUAAAAUUGCAAAAAUGGU